UGUGAGCGGCGCGUGCUGAGGUCGGACUGCAGGGACCAAGCUCCGAUCAGCGCGCGGACUCUCAGCUGCACCGCGGAGCAGGAACAAGAGCCAGCAGAGACUUCAGUGGUCAGAGCUGAGACAUGGAAUGUAUCGAAAGGACCCGGGCGCUGUGAAAGUUUGUCUUUCGGACAUGGAGACACAAAGAAAAAUCCAUUUUAUCUCAUAAAGUUAAAUACAAUCGUCGCUCCGGGCUGAGGGGCCAGCGGAGGAUGACACCUGCACCCCGCCUCGCGAGGACACACGACUGGAUUCAGACUUUGCAUAUUUGAGUAGUGUUGUCAACCCAUUUGCAAGAGUGAUAUUCCGUCUGUAGUUCCUCUGACAGAUCAUCAAACUGUUCACUGCUUCAUCUGUGGCAGCAGGAGAUCCACUCUUUUAUCUUUGCAUCCUGGCAAACUGCAGCAGAAAACAUCAAAUCUUAAAUCCAGGUCAUUUAAAGCGUGCUCACCUUGUCAUGUCCUCCUGAUGUUUACCUCUCCUGGAUAUUGAGAAACAUCUUGCCCCCUCAGACUCGUCCUCGUCUCUUCAACAGCAGCAGAGAUCAGUGUAAAUCUCUGGAGCUGCACUGACUCACCAUGGGCACCGUGCUAUCCCUUUCCCCCGGCUCUCGGAAAUCCGGCUACUAUGACAACCGGCCGGGCUCGCUCAGCCACUACCCGAGCUUCAGCAGCCGCUCCCUCAACAGCCAGAAGGACCGCGGGCUGAAGAGGGGUCAGUCCAUCUUCCUGCCCGCGCUGACGUGGAAGCGGCUGGUGGCCUCGACGAAGAAGAGGGGCAACUCCAAGAAGGGCUCGGUGACCUUCGGGGAUCCUCUCAACAACAACAACAACAUCAACAUCUACCAGAAGGACCCGUUGUUGCACCUCAAUCGAGAGAAUGUGAAGAAGUCGCUGUCGUGCGCCAACCUGUCCAGCUACGAGGGCCCAGCCGGUCUGGGUCUGGGGCUCAACUAUGGGAUGGGGUUGGGUCAGGGUCACGGGUUCGGCUACAGCAAGUCCCAGCAGCUUUCCUCGGUGAAGAAAGUCCCCCAGAGCGCCGUGACCUCGUCUCCGAAGCGAGUCAUCGUCCAGGCGUCCACCAGCGAGCUCCUGCGCUGCCUCGGCGAGUUCCUGUGCUGCCGCUGCUACCGCCUGAAGCACCUGUCCCCGGCGGACCCGGUGCUCUGGCUGCGGGCCGUGGACCGCUCGCUGCUGCUGCAAGGCUGGCAGGACCAGGCCUUCGUCACGCCGGCCAACGUGGUCUUCGUCUACAUGCUGUGCCGGGACGUGGUGGACGGCGACCUGGUGGCGUCGGAGCACGAGCUGCAGGCCAUCCUGCUCACCUGCCUCUACCUGUCCUACUCCUACAUGGGCAACGAGAUCUCGUACCCGCUCAAGCCCUUCCUGGUCGAGGCGGGCAAGGAGGCCUUCUGGGACCGCUGUCUCGCCAUCAUCAACGCCACCAGCGCCAAGAUGCUGCGGAUUAACGCGGACCCGCACUUUUUCACACAGGUGUUCGCCGAACUUAAGAGCGAAGGCGGCUGCGGCCCUCAGGACUACAGUCGAGUGCUGGACCGGUGAGAGUUUGAGCUCUGAUCCUCGCUGACCGCAUGCCUUUUUGUACUCUUACUGACACGUAGACUUGCACACGACAUACAAAUUUGUCAGAUUUCCCAUUCCCUUUCUCUUCUUCUGCUGUUCUGAAGGAGAAACGAAACCCUACCUGGACAGAUUUAUUGCACAAAUAUCGGAUCUCUCCAUCCCCCCCCCCAUCCACAGAAAGAAAUAAGGAAUUAAAACACACCCCAAAUAUUUCUUUGAAAAAUUGGCAAACAGAGGCCUAAGAGUUGUGUCUCUUCUUCUUCCACCUGAGUUCACUCAAACCGGGGGGGAACCAUUUGGUCCACCUGUCCCCUCUG